UUUUGGCAGGAGGUUUUGAGCAGCAGCAGGAGCACACAUCCAAUGUACAUAACUAUCAGGAAUAAACAGGAGUAACGUUAAUCAUAACUGUCUUUGUUACAAACCCGAAAUUAAAUUAUGACUGAAGAUUCAGGCAACGUCACUGCCCCAACGUAAUUUUUUUAGUUUAUAUUCAAGAUUUCAAGGAGUGUAAUCGGACUAAAAUAUUUCAAAAAAGAAUGAUGGUGCAACAGUAGCAGUGGUGAUCUGGUGUGGGUGGGCCAGCGGACGGCUCUGUUGUGAGAGAGAAAUAUUGAGCGGGUGUAGAGAUGAAGAUGAGACCGAAGAACUCAGUGUGUAUUCUGUCUAGUCGAGAGCGAGGAUCACAAGGCCUUGGCUCACACAGAAUUCUACUGGAGUUUGUGGAAGAGAAGACACAGCAUAUGAAAUGGCGGAGUCAGAAAGUCGAGUUACCAGACAGCCCCCGCUCAACCUUUCUUCUGGCCUUCAGUCCAGAUGGGACUUUAAUGGCCUCCACCCAUGUGAACCACAACAUCUACAUCACAGAGGUUAAGACAGGGAAGUGUGUUCACUCUCUGGUGGGUCACCGGCGUACGCCGUGGUGCUUGACUUUUCACCCUAGUAUUGCUGGACUUCUUGCCUCUGGUUGCCUGGACGGAGAGGUCAGAAUCUGGGACCUACAUGGAGGCAGUGAGAGUUGGCUCACAGAAAGCAAUUCGGCGAUCGCAUCUCUUGCUUUUCAUCCAACCGCUCAGCUUCUGCUCAUUGCCACCAACAAUGAAGUGCAUCUGUGGGAUUGGAGUCGGAAAGAGCCCUUCACUGUUGUGAAGACUGCCAGCGAGACAGAGAGAGUCAGAUUGGUGAGAUUUGAUCCAUUGGGUCACUACCUUCUGACUGCCAUUGUGACUCCUUCAAAUCAUCAGAAUGAUGAUGAUCAUGAGAUUUCUAUGGACAGUGUAGAGACGCCUAAUUUCCGUCAACAAUCCUCCCAUCCAACACUGCCUGUUAGACGCAUCUUGCACAAUUUCUUGCAUUUCCUCACUUCCCGUAACUCUGCGCCUCAGAGCGGAGGCACUCUCGGUGCUGCCACUGAUGAGAUCUCCGAUUCGUCUGGACUCUCUUCUGAGCGUUACACAGUUUUGAGGGAUCGUUACCGAAUGCCAUACCAUAGCUGUGUCCGGUCACUUGGAAUGGUGUGUUUCUGUAGCCGCUGCUCGACAACGGGAGUUUCGUCUCUACCUGACGAGGAUCCUGCAGACCCUGCCUCCCAGGACAGCCAAUCACAUGCAUCCACUUUUUCUUCUGCACGCACAGAGCCACGUUUACCACGAUUUCCAGCUGAAUCUCGUUCUUCUCAUCGACCCUCCACAUUCUCACACCUGUCUUCCAGCUCUGGGAGAAGGAGUGUAGCAGGAAUGGGACCUGGCAUAUCUUUCCGGCAGCAGAGGCUAGGCCGGGAAGGUAGAGGGCGUCUGCCUGAGGCAGACUGGACAAGCAGUGUACUUAAUGGGCAAGGAAGUAGUAUGCCUCCACGGUCCAGCGAUUCCUCCAAUAGCCUGCUUUCUGUCCUACGACAGCAAGGGGAUUCCAUCCAAUCACCUGUUUACACAUCUCCUACAGAUAGAUGGGGUUUUCCUUCACCAGGGGCAGAGUCUCAUAAUAGUAGCAGUUCAUCAGGGACUAGUAUUAGCAGGCACCACCCACCAGAGGAUGAGGAUAAUAGCAAUUUGUCUUCCACCCGCAAUGUCCUUCAGUAUAAUCGUAACCACAAUUUUAUGGAGUGUGAGCGCAGGCAUGACCAAGUGCUGCCCCUCGAGGGCAUAAAUGGGGAGGGCGGUACUCAGGACCAGAGGACUCAGGAAAUGCUAAAUAACGACAUAGACCCAGAGCAACCAGGCCCAUCUUAUUACCAGUCAGUCUACAGUGGAGAAAACCCAUCCCCCAGUCAUCUAAACCGCUGUAGAGUUUGUCACAACCCCUUUACCUACAAUCAGAGUACUCAGCCGGGGGAGAGAACUAGUCAGGCUUCUUCUGGUGGGAGAACCCCAGCCUGGCAAAGUACUAGUCCUACCUAUCACAACUCAACCUCUCAGUCUGAUCUUUACCCUUCUGAACGGAGAUCCAGGGAUCCCCGCAUUGAUGUCCCAGAAUCUGGUGUGCCCUUUUCCCACAGUGCUGCUACUGGUCAGUCUGAAGGGCAGGAAGUUGGGUUGGUCUUCAACCAGGAGACAGGCCAAGUGGAGAGUUUUUACAGAGAAUCUGCCACCUCUGACUCAACAAAUGUAUCACAAGAAGCCUUAAACCAGGAAAUGCCUGAAGACGAACAUGAUCAUGAUUAUCUAAGCAGGUUGCCUCCUGUAGCAUAUUAUGCACAACGUAUGAUCCAGUAUCUUUCUCGGCGUGAUAGCGUUCGGCAACGCACUCUCCGUCACCCUAACAGACCCCGACCCCACUCGUCUAAUCCAGACAGCCUCUCCUCUGGCCCCGCCUCCAGCGCAGAGAACAAUGAAGUUGGCUUCGAAGAGUUUGAGGGCAACGGAAGCAGGCAUAGGGCUCUUCGUAAUGCACGCAUGUCUGCCCCCUCCCUCGGUCGCUUUGCCCCCAGGCGGUCCUUGCCUGAGUUUUUACCAUAUGCUGGAAUCUUCCAUGAGAGGGGGCAGCCAGGCCUGGCAACACACUCAUCCGUCAAUAGGGUUCUUGCAGGUGCUGUAAUCGGGGAUGGACAGUCUGCAGUUGCCAGCAACAUUGCUAAAACGAACUAUCGGCUGCAGUGGUGGGACUUUACCAAGUUCGAACUACCUGAGAUCAGUAAUGCAUCUGUAAACGUGUUGGUGCCCAAAUGUAAGAUCUAUAACGACGCAAGCUGUGAUAUCUCGGCAGACGGGCUGUUGCUGGCCGUCUUUAUUCCCGGCAGGCCAAGAGGUUUUCCCGAUGAGGGCAUCUUGGCCGUCUACUCUCUUGCUUCGCACAACCUGGGAGAGAUGCUUUACACAAAGCGAUUCGGCCCGAAUGCUAUCUCUGUCAGUUUGUCUCCGAUGGGACGUUACGUGAUGGUGGGUCUGGCUUCUCACCGUAUCCUGCUUCAUCCGAUCACGGAUCACAUAGUGGCACAGGUUUUCAGAUUGCAGCAACCCCAUGGAGGAGAGACAUCCAUGAAGAGGGUAUUUGAUGUGGUGUACCCAAUGGCCCCAGACCAGAGAAGACACAUCAGUAUAAAUUCUGUUCGAUGGCUUCCAGAACCAGGGCUUGGACUUGCUUAUGGAACCAACAAAGGAGAUCUGGUCAUCUGCAGACCUGUUGAAGGACAUUUAAAUGGUAGCCGGUCUUCUCAACACUCUGAGACCAUCACCACCCAUAAUAGUGAAGGGAUUGGAACCAGCAGCAGCAGGAGGAGUGGAGAGAGGGAAGGGACCAGCAGUACAGAGUGGGGUUCACAUAGAGAGAUGGGCCUGAUGAACAUGAUUGGUCUGCAGCCACAACAUCCUGCCCCUACUGUUGCAUCACAGGGGACACAAACGCAGAACAUAGGGUUACAGAAUGCAGAGACUCAAACGGACCAUGACCUUCAAAAUGAAGCCCAGCAGCCCAGCACUUCUCAGGGGUCACAGGUUACUGAUGACUAUCUUGAUUUUGAGAUCCUCUUGGAUGAGUCUGUGUCUGAGGUGGUACCAGAGACACCACCCCACGGUCGACCUCAGGAAGAUGAAGGGUCAGAUCCCACUGAAACUAGCACAGAAAGCACAGGCCAGGCUGACUAUGUUUCUCAUAUACAAAGGUUAAUGGCUGAUGGAGGAAUGACUGCAGUUGUCCAGCGGGAGCAGAGCACCACUAUGGCCUCUAUGGGCAGCUUUGGCAACAACAUUUUUAUCAGCCACCAUAUCCACCGUGGCUCCCAGACAGGGGUGGAUUCACAGAGCCAUGCCCGUUUAUGCCCCACCCCUGGCCCCUCCUCCACUUCACCGGUGUCUUUGGGUGCAGACUACUACUUCCGAAUCACAACCAACAUACCUGGUCAUCAUACAAACACCGCUCAGGGCUCUUCUACAGAGGUAGACAUGGCACCCCUCAUAGAACAGGAGGGACCUCACACCUUUUCCCCUAUUUUCUCAUCUGUGGUAGACACAAAUGGAUCAUCCGCUUCCAUGGAAACAGACAGUAAUUUGGAUGAGGAGGAGCUUCAUGAUCUUGCAUCCCUCCCUCCAUCCUCACCCCCUCUCUCUCCCGUGAAUAACAAUAGCUACACCAGCAAUGAGAAUAGUUAUUACGGAGACGAGUAUGGCCGCUAAAAAACAGGGCAGAGGUUAGAGAGCAAUCAUGUAUUAAAACCAACACGAUAGAAACUGAAAUAUUUGCACUUAAUUCACCCUGUUUUCUCAACAUGACACAUUCUGAUGAAUGACAGAAGAUGGAAGUGUUCUGGGAAAGGAGUGUGAAUUCUUCUGCUCCGCUAUAGCAGCAGCUCUUAACUCAGCAAGGAAUUCUGAAAAUUCCACUUUGUAGUUGUUGCAGCUUUGCAAAAGGCUCAAAUGAUGUAGUGCCUGUUUAUCAGACAUACAGACAAACAUCUUAUUUAAGAUGCAGAGAGGCAUCAGGUACAGUAAAUGUAACAUUCUUGGUUAUCAGCCGUCUAAAGCAGAGAUUACUAAACUGCCAAAAGUGGACACAAAAAUGGGAGGAAUCUUAGUCACUUCAUAUGAGUGUCUGUAGUCAUACUGUAUGUGAUGCUUUGAUCAUUGUUGUUGAAGGAAGUUCAAUUUAAGAUGCACAAUAAUAUAUAGGUAGAUAUCCCUAAUUUAAGCUUUGUAGCGGAUGUAAGAGAAGAAACUUGAAAAGACAGAAGAGAGUAAUAUGAAAAGUUUAUUAUAUGACAAAUAAGCACCUUCGUAGUCUUCGUUUCAGUAAUUGUUACCGCAGAAAAUGGUUUCUGAAAGAGUACGUGACCUUUCAUUUCCCUAAUUGAUUUUAAAAUGUACAGUAAACACACUCGAAGACUCAGAUGGGUUUAAAAUGGAAAAGUCUGACAGAUGCAUACAGUAUGUGCAUGUGAUCGUGAGAGAGACAUUAACCGAGAUCUGUCAUUUACUGUGGAUUUUAAAAGCCCUUUUGAAAGUUAAGCAGACACCUGACAGCAUGUGUGUGCCAUCCUUCCUUUUCAUUUCAUAUGAAGCACGGUGGUUCCAAUCUGCUGUCUCGGUAAACAGAGAAGCGGUGUGUUCAGAGACCGUGUCCAUGGCAUUGAACUUCAAAGUGUGUCCCGGGCUAUAUUGUUAAGCUUUUUUGAAUUUUAGAACUUAGAACACAUUUUAGUUCCAGUAGUUUCGGGCGUUGACCACCUACCCACAAACAAAAUCCCACUGGAACUGUUUGCACUAGAUAAGUAAAGGGCUCUCAACUAGAGUUACUAAAUGCAAUGAAAAUAUCUCAUGUGUUGAAGUGUAUCUUCUGUUGACACAAGUCUUUAUCAUAUAGAAAUUCUGUCCAUCAGUCUGAUCAGAGUGUUACAGUAUUGCGUAGGGAAGGUGGAUGCCUUGCUGAAUGUUUUUAUUUUCACUUAAUGCCUUAAAUGUCUGCAUUCAUUUAGGGGAAUACUUUAUCCUGUAAAUGAAUUUCAGUCAGUGUCCUCUAAAUCAAACAUUGUAAAUGCUGCUUUUCUCUGCUACAGUAAAAACAACACCAACAGUAUUUUCUUUAUGUUGACAGAUGAAAGCAGCAGCUAUGUCAUGUACACACUGGUUGUUUAUGUUAUUAACAUUAAAAGUUAUUUUAUUUUA